AUGGCUGAUGAGGAUGAUGAUUUUGGAGACUUUACGGCCUUUGAGUCGGCGCCGGCCACAACGCAGCCCGCGCAGCCCGCGCAGCCCGCGCAGACGCCGGUCACUGCACCAGCAACCGACGAGGAUGAGUGGGCUGCCUUUGGCUCUGCCCUGCCGCCAGCGACAGACCAGCCACCAGCGACGACGCCCCCUGGCACAACGCCGGCAGAGGCUAGUCAGCAGCCCAGUGACCUGUCAAGCUUUGCAAAUUCCCAGCCGCCGGCUGGACCACCUGUCCCUGAUGUAGCAGAGCUUCGUCGUGAGCUCGAGCAGCGCUAUGCCACCAAAAUCACCGAUCUGGAGGCUCACUUGAGCAAACUCCAGGCCAGCCUUAAGCAGGCUGAAGCUGAACGCGACGCGCUGCAAGCUCAGGCCAGCACUGCAACGGGUGCAGAAGCAGAGGCCCUCGAGACUUUACGCGAGCAGCAACAGCGCCUCAAUGCUCAGCAUGACCAGGAACAUGCCAGCUGGACCGAACAAAUGAAGGCCCUCAUGGAGAAGAACGAGGCCGACAUCCGACGAGCGAUCCAGGAAGAGCGCGCAAGCCUCCGUACGCAGCAACAAGCCACUCUGGCCGAGCACAAAGCCAAUUUUGUGGCAGCUCUCCAAAACCAGCAAGAGACUUUUAUCAAAGCUCUGCGUGAGGAGCGUGAUGCUGCAGCCCAGCAACUAGAGAAAACUUCGGACACUGUCUUUGACCGCUGUGCUACACUGAUUGCCGAGCGCAUCGAUCAGCUUCAACGCGAGCUUGAGCAGCGUGAAACUCAACGCCAAGAGCAAAUCGCCGAGCGCACUGAAGCCACCUUGACGGCAGCACGCACCCAGCACGAACAAAUGGAGCGAGAAACCAAGGAGCAAGUGGACGGAUUUAAGCAGGCCUUGCAAGCCCAACUGCAAGCCUGGCAGGAGGAGAGCCUGGAGAUGCUGCGCCAAAACGCUACCGAUCAAGCCGACACCUUGGCAACCAAAUUACAAGAGGAGCAAAAAGAGGGUUUGAGCCAGGCCUUGACAAACAUGAACACCCAAUUUCAAGCACAAACCAAGACGGCCACGCAGGAAUUGCAAGAUGAUAUUCGAGCACGUUUGGCCCAGACCACACAGGAGCAACAGCGCCAGAUUGAUGCCAGCCUUUUGCGCUCGCGCGAGUAUUUGAGCACUUGUACCGCAGCCAUCCAGGCUACCUGCCGCGAGCAGACCAAGAUGGAGCUGCGUGCGUCCAUUGCCGCUCGCCAGCGCAUCUCGCGGACCGUAGAUACGCUCAUCCAAGGCUUGGCACAACAGUUGACACAACUCUCUGCCUCGGAGCAAGCCGCGCUUGAUAGCAUGCGUGAAAGCGGACCAGGCUUGGUGUCCACCGACCUUCCUUCGCCACCAUCAUCCACAACGACCUUGCGCCCCGCGUCCAUGGAAGGGCAUGGCAACACCACAAAGGAGGACGCUGAGGCCCCCGACUCCUCGGUGCCCGUGUCAGCCCUGACCCCGGGCAUUGCCACAGAAGUGGCCGAGCAGGCCCUGGAAUCGCCCCUCAACAAUGCUGGCCGAGCAGAUGACGGUGAUGAUGCUGGUGCUACCGAAGCAACUUCACACGCCUGAUCAUGUGGCGGUUCUCUGAUGUCAUGUGUUGAAUGCA